GUCAUAUGUCAGAAAGUAUGUCUGAUUAUUAAACGUAACUAAAUUAUAUUUUGUCUUUACUAAAAUGACGUUAUCCGAGUACAGUAAAUUAAAACAACAAGUUGUAUAUAAUUUGGGAACCUGCGAAAAACACAAUCGAAUACUCAACCAGUUAAAAAACCUUUACAAAAAAGAUAUCCAUUCAAAAAGAAGAUUUGAGCAAAUAAAUACAAUUGGCCAGUUACUCCGAAUUUUAGAAAUUAGAGAAGUUUUAUCAGAAGAUAAUGUUUCACCUUUGAAAGAAAUUGCUUGUUUGCUACAAAGCAAUGAUUUGCUCAAAAGUAUCAGUGAAUAUGAAUUGACUCAUGUUCCUAGAACGUAUAUGAAUUAUUAUGCUCACCACAAUGUAUCAGAAUCAGAAUCCAUAGACAGUAUUCCGAAAGGUCAUCCAUAUGGAAAUAUAAGUGCAAGGAAAAAGGCAAGAAUAAAUGAAACAAUAGUUGAAGAAAUUGGAACAUACUGGAGAGAUCUUGCCAGAAAUUUGAAAAUCCAAGAAAAUAGAAUUGAUGAAAUUGAUACUCAAAAAUAUACAUUAACUGACAAAGCCAGAGAAUUACUUAAAAUUUACCAACAUAAGGCAGAUCCACAAAGGGGCUUUUAUGUGCUCUGUGAUGCUUUAGAAAAAGCAAGGAGAAAAGACUUGAGUAAAAAUUUACAGGAAAUAAUGGUUAUGAACAUUUAAUUGUUUCAUUGAUAUAAUAAUAACAUGUUAAAAUUCAAAAAAUUUAUUAUUCUUUAAAACAACACAUGUAUAGUUAAAAACUUAGUUAUAAACAGGAAUGUUGAAAUAUAUUUUAAAAAUAUAUUUUUAUUUUUAUAUAAAAACUAUUUUUAUUAUUUUAUUUUUAU